AUGGCUGGAAUUUCAAAUAACAAUAUAACGAUAAAUGAAAAUAUAACUGGAAUUUCAAAUAAUGAACCUAUUUGUGAAUCAGUUUCUGUUCAACCUGAAGAAGUGAAGAUAACAGCAGCGAAUCGCAUUACCAGUCUUACGAACGAUAUUUUAAAUGCUAAUUAUUCUGAAACAGUUGAGCAUAGUAUGCAAAUUUUUGUCAACUUACUUAUGGGAAGAACUAUCACUUUGGAUGUUAAACCCUCAGAUUUUGUAGAGGAUCUUGUGGUAAAGAUUUCUGAAAAAGAGGGUAUGCCUGUAGUUCAAGUAGAUCAAAUGCGACUGAUUUUUGCAAGCAAACAAUUAGAGAAUGGCCACACUCUUUCUGAAUAUAAAAUUCAAAAAGGAUCGACUAUUCAUUUAGUAUACAGGCUUCACGGUGGUAUUUGA